AUGUUCAACUGUCUUCUUGCUCUCGUACUGAGCUUGACUGUAUCUGCCACCUCAUCAGAUUCAAAUUAUGUCGGAUACAAUCUCACCCUUCAAGGCGACGACGACUCGGUCAUCUACUCUACGGCGAAUACAAGGCAGAAUGCGAGCUUGCAAUACCCGGAUCCUGACGUUUUCCUAAACGCUUCUGUAUCAGUCAAAGAGAUUGACAUUGAUGUCGACAACUUGACAGCCAAAGUAAAUUUGGAUCUUCAAGUGUUGGAGCUCCUACAAUUCAGCGCUGGUGUUGACCUUUCAAUCGAGCGAGUCCAUCUCCUCAUUCAGGACGUCAAGGCCAAAGUUUUGCUGGAAGCGCGACUCGAAAACCUCGUGCAGAUGGUCGAUGAUGUGCUCGGAUCACUUGACCUCAAUCCCAUUAUUGCAACACUCGGCCAAGGGGUCGGAGAUAUCGUAGAAAAGACUAGCGACGCAGUGGACGGGCUUCUCUCCGAUGAUGGCUCCAGCCCUGGCAGCAAUUCCAAUGCGAAGCGCUCUUUCGUGAUCGAUGACAACAUUCUCUUCUCGGUCAAUGACUUUUCAGGCAACUCACAUACCAAUCGAAUUCUGGAACAAAACGGCGCCAUCCUCGAGCAAGACCUGGACAAUGACGGGCGCAUCUCUGCAAGUCGCGUUGUUGGGUCGUACGCAAAAGACAUGACAUUUACAGGUCAUGACGACAUUGUCCAGAGAGGCGGGGAAGAGGUACACAGAAAGCAGUACAAGUACGAGCCAAUCCACGGUGUCCAGGCAAUCGCGGCAAUCUUCUUCGAGAGGACUGGAAAAGUGGUCGGCACUCAGAUUCUCAGUGAAUUAGAGGUUGGAGGACAUGCGACGGUCGAAGCAGAUGCAUAG